GAAUGCUUAUCUCGCAGUCCCGUGGGGAAAACGUAUCGUCCUAUUGGCGAACACGACGGAUGGCAGAGAGGGGUGAACGGAAUCUAGAUGUCAAGAUGCCCCUCUAACAAUUUGUUGGCAAUUGGUUCAACGGAUUAUCAUCUUACUUAUUUGGUUGUUCCGCAAUCUACGAGUAAUUGAUUGCACUAAUCACCAUCUAAAACGUGCGAACGCGAAUGAUCUUCCCUCCGAUCCCGAGACAUGUGCAUCUGCUUUAUGGCCAAUCCGAAUUGGACUGAACUGCUUACUUCGAGAGCUCAAUGCACUAAUCUAGUCCGGCUCUGAUGUCGGCUUUUUAUUCUACUUUGGAUAUUGACGACAUUGGCUUCCUACACUUGAGCCGUUUCUCGUCAUAGACAAUCUGGUCAUUUCUGUGCCGUUCCGCCGACAAGAAAGAUGCCAUCGCGUUGAUCAGCUUGGCCACAUCAACGAUACUUUAGUUCGCUCAGUUGAAGAGGGAAACGUCAUUGUCUUGAGGUUAGGAAAUUUCAAGGCUUGUGGUAUUUGACAAAUUUGCAGCAUCUCAGCAACAUCACGAACAAGGUUGAUGAGAAUCUGUCUAAAGAUCCAGCCAUGUCUGUUUUUGCCAGUGAGCGGUCCUCAGGAUCCAACGAAAGUCUAGAUGAUGUUGAAAUGCGGGAAGUUAGGGGAGGAGAAUAUGAACAUGGACACCAAAAAAUGAGACUGUUGUCGAAUAAGAGAAAGAGCGUAUCGCCCAACAGAUCUUCGGGGUCAAGCAAGACGUUGGAUGGUGUUGAAAUGCAAGAGAGAGAUGAUGAUUAUGGAGAUCAAGAUGGAUUGUUGUCGAGCGGAAAGCAGAAGGGUGACCUAUCACUAGAGCCUGAGUUCGAAACAAAAUGGCAUCUAAGAACUCCUUGGGUGAUAUUUAUAUCAUUUGCGACAGCGAUAGCGACUAUCCUCACAAUGUGGAAAAUUGCAUCGUAUAUCACCUCAAAAAAUAAUACAGUGGUUGACUAUCCAGAUCCAACAUCCAGCGGCUUUCGUAGGUCAGCAAGUGACUACGAAUUGAAUCCAAAUUGGGAUUUUGAUGCCUCUCCAAAAGUUCGUACAUAUCACUGGACCAUCAAAGAUAUCGAGGCCAAUCCAGACGGUGUUUUCAGACCAAUGAUUACUAUUAAUUCGCAAUUUCCUGGUCCAAUGAUCGAAUGUAAUGAGGGAGAUGUUAUAGUUAUCGAUGUCGAUAAUCAAGCCAUCAACGCUACAUCUAUACAUUUCCAUGGCAUCUUUCAAAAUGGAACGAACCAUAUGGAUGGUACUGCAGGCAUAACACAAUGUCCCAUUGCACCAGGCCAUAAAUUUCGAUAUAAGUUCAACGUCACGGGUCAAUCUGGCACCUACUACUACCAUGGACAUCAAGCUGUACAGAUUUCUGACGGGCUAUACGGGCCGUUGAUUAUCCAUUCUAAGAAAGAGAAGACUUUACAGCCAAUCUCAUAUUCUACGGAUCGAGUAAUAAUGCUCCAAGAUUAUUAUCAUGAAUUGAGUAGUGGACUCACAAUGAAAAACCUUGAGCCUAAUAGUGAAGCCUCACCGAUUCCUGAUGGAGCACUGAUCAAUGGACUUAACAGUGUAGACUGUUCCGUUCUACCACAUCGAACAUGUGACAACUCGACAGCGAUUCUCCCUUCGUUCGAUUUGGCCGCAAAUGAAAAUCAUCGAUUAAGAUUUAUCAAUACUGGUGCAUUCGCUUGGUUUCAAGUCGGCUUGGACGAGCACGAGUUUGCCAUUACUGAAGUUGAUGGAACAGACAUCAUGCCAUCGUAUGAGACCCGCAUGAUGAUCAGUCCUGCACAACGCUACAGUAUGAUUGUUAAUACGAAUCACAACUCGACUGAUGCAUUUUGGCUCAGAGCAAGGAUGGUAACUCAUUGCUGGAAAGAACCUAGCUUACCAGCCCACGGAGCUGAUGAGGUUCGAGCUGUCAUCCGUUAUGUCUCCAAAAAAGGCACACCUCAAACCAUGAUUUCUAAACCAACUUCACAAGAUUGGAAGAAGCCAAUUGAAACAUGGUGCCAAGAUAUGAACACCACCAAGUUCAUACCCACCUCCUUUGAACCUGCCCCGCAGAUAGCAGAUCAUAGCUAUUUCAUCCGCGCGAAUCUUGAAAGACAUUAUUGGCGUCUCCAGCGAGGCUACUUCAAUAGCUCUACUUUCCGUCCUCAAGUUCAACACCCGACACUCCAUCGCACGAUCGAUGGUUUCUCAACCAAUAACGAAUCAUUCACAUCCAUGGCCCGAGUUAACGGCGUGAACUCUGUAUCCUACAACCAAGAAAAUGAUUAUUUAAUCCAACACUCCGGAGUCAAAGUCGUUGAUAUAAUUAUCCGAAACUUCGACGAAGGAAACCAUCCCAUGCAUUUACACGGUCAUAAAGUCUGGGUUCUGGGCCAAGGACACGGUGACUUUCCCGGGUAUCACGCUCUAAAUCUUCAACCAGAGGGUCGUGGCACAUUACCAGGCCAUGAACAUGCUCUAGAUAAUUUAAUCAGGAGAGAUGUGGCAUCUGUGGAAGGAUUUGGAUGGUUAGCUCUUCGCUUCGUGGCGGAUAAUCCAGGCGUCUGGGCUUUUCAUUGUCAUAUGAUGUGGCAUGGAGAAGCGGGCAUGGCUAUGCAAUUUAUAGACCGGGUUGACGAAGUUAUGAAAAUGAAGAUUCUGGAGGAGAACCAACAAUUGUGUGAAGUGAAUGUCGAGGAAUUGGAGAAGGGAAGCAUUCCUAAGGAUGAAAUUUGGUUUGGCUUCGGUCCAGAAGAUGAGUGAGGAUGGAUAGUUGAUGUUUCGAGUUGCUUUUAAGAUGAUGCUAGAAGCCGCGUCUGGCAGCUUCUACCUGUCAAGUUCAUAACGCGAUACGCAUGCCAUUAUCCACCAUACCCUUCGUUGUUUAGAUGGGUAAGAUGCCAUGUUUUCAAGUCUAGGGGAUAAAUCAUCUAUCCUCCAUCCACCCCAGCGAGUUUCUCACGCAGAAGAAAUAUUUUGCAGUCUACAACACAAUUCCUCGUCACCUUUAGAUCCUCAUCGGCAUGCUCAGUAAGGGAUCUCUUUCCAACGAUGCAUCGAACCAGGAAGUCUACGCAGAAGACCCCGAGAAUGCAGAAAUCAACGAGCGGUGACUAAUCGAGAGUCAUGGAGAAGAAGUAGUAAUAUAGUCAUGGAUGUGGAGUAUAGGAUGCUGAGUUUUUACGGUGUAUCUAAACCCCUUCCUCUCUUCUUAUGUAUUGGAGGAAAGGAGGGAAAGGGAGAGAAAGGGAGAGAAAGGGAGGGGUUGGAAUACAGAUUUUGUGUUUAUGCACUAGCACUACCUAGUCGCUGUCAUUUAGAUUGUAUGUAGAUUCGUGUUGUGUAUAGAUAAAUUAUAUAUGUACAUAUAGGUAUAAUUUGAAGGACUAGAAUAUCAAGAAUAUGCAUUAGAGAAAACAUAUUUCGAAUUGAAA